AUGCCGUUUUCUAAAACUCUCACCACUGCCCUUGCCUGCCACCACCUGCAUCCCCAUGAUGCCACAUUCCUCUGGGACAGCCUCCAGCUCCUCCAGGCCAUGGCUCCCAGCCUGCCACAGAUCUGCCACCACCAGCACCCACCCUUCCCCUUCCCCAACAUCUUCCCCUCCACACCAACCACCCACAGUAAGCUGCCACUGCCCUCCACAUCCUCCAGCACCCUCUUCACCACCCCUCACCACUGGGACGCCCAGGCACAGCACCACCUCCUCAGCAACAUAUCCAGCAGCUCAAUCAAUGCAUGCCAGCCAACAGCAUGCUCUUUGAAGGCCAAGGGCCCUGACAACCUGCUGCUCAACAUCAAGUACUUCAGGCACAUCCAGGACUUCCUCUACACCCACAACCACAGCCCCUGUGCCUGGGACCACAUCCACUUCAACACUCAUGCCUGCUUACAUCACCUCCACAACCUCACCCACACCAUGUGCAGUUAG